AUGCAGGCAAAUCGUUGCUGUCAGUGUUCAAAGCCAAGACCAGUGAUUCGAAAAAUGAAAACAAUUGAAAAUACACCGGUAACAAAUCGCCCUUCAAAGAAAAAUAAAGAAGUUCACAAGAGAUCAUAUACACCUGCAAAAAUUGCAUUACCGAAACACAGUGAGCUGGAUGAUGGUCGAAUUAAAAGCCGUUUUAAUUGUGAAACACGUGAUUUUGUCAUGAAAACUUACACAACGAAGAGUGCUAUUAAUUACAAAAAUAUUUGCUUGGCAGUUAUUCAGAAGUAUCCAAAAUUAACAAAAAAACAAGAUUUCGAACUGACAUCAUUGUCCACGUCACUGUCACAAUGUAUAAAGGAUAAGCGCAACGAAAAUAAACGUGCACUUAGCUUGCAAGCAAAACGAGAACGUUACAACGAUUCUGUUCAACUGAAUGGAGCUGCUACGUCCCAUUCUGAUGAUUCAGAAAACGAAACGCAAACAGUAGCAAAACAUGUUCGCCUUGUUAAGCGAAUUUCUGGAAACAAUGUCAAUAUCACGUCAGAACAAACUCAGGAAACAAAUUCGACGUCAACUGGUACCGAAGAACUGUUACCGUUUGUUAUUUCGGAUCUGCUAUCCGAAACUCUUAACAUUCAACAUUUGAACAAUAAUUUCAUAAAAGAAGAAGCAAGAGAACUGAAAAUAAAUUACGUAGAAAAUGAACUAUCACCCAAUACUACGCAGCACGAGGAGAGCAGUUGGGUCGUGGAUAAUGAAGUAGUUAUUGAAACCUCUGUGCAACGAGAAGGUACAAAAGAGGGAACUGGAAUAAAAGAAGACGGCGGCGGUAUUGAAAAUUUUUCAAUGAUUCUUCACAACGACAAGGAACAAUAUUAUCAGAGUCGAAAAGAUGUGGCCAAACGAAUAGCUGGUCGAGCGAAAUAUCUGAAAGACAGUACAGGGGAUGGUGAUGAAGAGGAGGAGUUAAUCUGUUCCAUUCGUUAUUCAACAGCAGAAAGAUCUAUUUUCUCAGUUGCAUCAUCAUUAUCAAUUAUUGCAACAACAACAAUUGUACAUCGCUAUCAAUUAUUAAGCAUAAAUGAUAAUGGACAGCAUAAGAAACAAAAUACACAACAAAAUACACACGAUAAAAUUAAAGAACUACUCGGUCAUGAUGAACUAUAA